UGUUUCCUGCAGUUCAAAAAAAUCUUUUCUCCGCAACUGCUGUGUUUUCCGCUGCGUUGCGUCUCGUUUACUUACCAGAAUUGUGCUUUCAGACUCAAAGAUUUUGAAGAUGAAUGUGAUCGAUCAUGUGCGGGAUAUGGCAGCGGCUGGACUGCACUCUAAUGUCCGGAUCAUCAGUAGUUUACUCCUGACCAUGAGCACCAACAACCCGGAGCUGUUCUCCCCGUCUCAGAAGUACCAGCUGCUGGUGUACCAUGCUGAUGCCAUCUUCCACGAUAAAGAGUACAGGAAUGCAGCCUGCAAGUACAACAUGGCUCUACAGCAGAAGAAGAUGCUCAGCAAGACAUCUAAAGUUCGUCCCUCCAGCACAGGCAGCACAACAUCCGCGGUGCAGGCACAGAACUUGCCAUCAGAGAUUGAAGUGAAAUACAAGAUUGCAGAGUGUUACACUAUUCUCAAGCUGGAUAAAGAUGCCAUUUCUGUGCUGGAUGGGAUUCCUUCACGCCAGAGAACGCCAAAGAUCAACAUGAUGCUGGCAAAUCUGUACAGAAAGGCCGGUCAAGAGCGAUCGGCGGUUACAAGCUAUAAGGAGGUGUUGAGACAGUGUCCUCUGGCUCUCGAUGCCAUCAUUGGUCUUCUGUCUCUGUCAGUGAAGGGAGCUGAGGUGGCCUCCAUGACCAUGGACGUGAUUCAGAGUAUCCCCAAUCUGGACUGGCUCUCUGUCUGGAUCAAAGCACAUGCUUUCAUUCAUGGAGGGGACAAUCAGAGAGCCAUCAACACUAUCUGCUCUUUGGAGAAGAAGUCUCUGUUGAGGGACAAUGUUGAUCUUCUGGUCACCCUGGCGGACGUGUAUUUCAGAGCCGGAGACACCAAGAACUCCAUCCUGAAGUUUGAACAGGCUCAGAUGCUGGACCCGUACCUCAUCAAAGGUAUGGAUGUAUACGGCUAUCUCAUGGCCAGAGAGGGUCAUCUGGAAGAUGUGGAGGUUUUAGGAGGACGUCUGUUCAACAUCUCUGACCAGCAUGCUGAGCCCUGGGUCAUAUCCGGAUGCCACAGUUUCUACAGUAAGCGUUACUCGCGCGCUCUGUAUCUGGGAGCUAAAGCCAUCCAGCUGAACAGUAACAGUGUGCAGGCGCUGCUCCUGAAGGGGGUCGCGCUUAGGAACAUGGGCCGCGUACAGGAGGCCAUCAUUCACUUCAGAGAGGCCAUGAGACUCGCACCCUGCAGGCUCGACUGCUACGAAGGUCUGAUCGACUGCUAUCUUGCAUCUAAUGGCAUCCGUGAGGCGAUGGGGAUGGCCAACAAUAUUUAUAAGACUCUGGGAGCAAACGCUCAGACUCUGACCAUUCUGGCCACCGUGUGUCUGGAAGACCCCAUGACCCAGGAGAAGGCCAAGACUCUGCUGGACAAAGCCCUCGCGCAGCGGCCCGACUACAUCAAAGCAGUGGUCAAGAAAGCAGAGCUGCUCAGUCGAGAACAGAAGUAUGAGGAAGGAAUUGCUCUUCUGCGAAACACGUUAGCCAAUCAGAGCGACUGUGUGCUGCACAGAAUGCUGGGAGAUUUUCUGGUCGCUGUUAAUGACUAUCAGGAGGCGAUGGACCAGUACAGUAUAGCACUGAGCCUGGACCCCAAUGACCAGAAGUCUCUGGAGGGGAUGCAGAAGAUGGAGAAGGAGGAGAGUCCCACAGAUGCCACGGUGGAGCUAGACGGAGACGACAUGGAGGGCAGCGGAGAGGAAGGAGAUCUGGAGGGCAGCGACAGCGAGGCGGCGCAGUGGGCAGAUCAGGAGCAGUGGUUCGGCAUGCAGUGACCACCAGACCACCACGACUCAGCACUAAAACACAUCAGGCUCACUGCUGCCCUCUACUGGACACUGAUGGAUCACUGAUAUAUUUGGUUUGGUCUCCAGUUGUCAUACAAAAGGGUAAUGUAGUACAGCAGAGAGUUCUUGAGUUCAGAAAUGAGCUGGCUAAUAAUAAACUGUUCAUCGAGGUUGACGUCGAUGGGAUGUUGGACUAAAAAAUAUAUAUAAAGGGUUUACUAUUAAUUAUUUGGUCAUUUGGACUCCAGUUUUGUCAUACAGGAGAAUAAAGAGGAAAAAAAGCAAGCUAAUAUAGUAGAACAGAGAGUUCUUGAGUUCAGAAAUGAGCAGGCCAACAAUAAACUGUCCAUUUAAGAUGAAGCCGAUCAGAUGUUGGAGUAAAAAUAUAAAGGAUUUACUGCGAUUUAUUAUUUUCUAACGCUUUAUUAGCAUCAUGAGCUUCACUUUUGCAGCUUUUGUUUUUCACUGUCAGUACUGUUAUUUUGCGUGCUGUUUUGAGCUUUGAUUUACUCUAGUAAAAGAGAUGAUUGUUUAAAGUUACUCUUUAAAUGGCAGAGUGCUAAUGCUGUUGGAUCUGAUGAACAUUAGGAGAUUUGGUCAAGUUGUAUUUCACCACAAAAUCAGAAAGGAAAACUUUUUUGAAUGUUUGCCCCCACAUCAUUUUAACAGUUAAACACGUUUUGUCUAAAAUGUUCAUUUCUGCAAGGGUUUGUUUCUUCAUAAAGUUGAGCAGGUGUUUUUUGUUUUCUUUUAGGGCUUACUUUGUUUUUUUUGUUUUUUUUGUUUAAUUUCAUAGUUUUAUUUGUUUGUUUUAGCCAUAAGUUUUGCCAUCGGGUCAUAUUUC